AGUGCUGUGUUUUAAAUUCUGACGACUGUAGUUCACGAUCGUCUUACGACCAGCAUCAGCAACCACGCCGAUUGGGUCACGUGAUCCGCUCAGAUCUGCGUCCGUGGACAUCUGCAAAAUGGAGGACCGUGGCGCUAAAGAGCCUGAGCAGCUCAGAAAGCUGUUCAUUGGAGGUCUGAGCUUUGAAACUACGGAGGAGAGUUUACGGGCCCAUUUUGAACAAUGGGGUACCCUUACAGAUUGUGUGGUAAUGAGAGAUCCUAACAGCAAACGAUCAAGAGGGUUUGGCUUUGUAACAUACUCUUCUGUAAGGGAAGUCGAUGAUGCCAUGAAAGCAAGACCUCAUAAAGUAGAUGGCCGAGUUGUAGAGCCCAAGAGGGCUGUGUCCAGAGAGGACUCCAAUAAACCAGGCGCCCAUCUGACAGUGAAGAAGAUCUUUGUUGGUGGCAUCAAGGAAGAUACUGAGGAGUACCACAUUCGCGAGUAUUUUGAGAAAUAUGGAAAGAUCGAAUGCAUUGACAUCAUGGAGGAACGCUCCACAGGGAAGAAGAGAGGAUUCUGCUUUGUCACUUUUGAUGACCAUGAUACUGUAGACAAAAUUGUUGCCCAGAAAUUCCACACAAUCAACUUCCACAACUGUGAAGUCAGGAAAGCUCUGUCAAAACAGGAAAUGAGUGCUAUAUCCAAUAACAGGGGCAGGAGCGGGGGAUCAGGAAAUUUCAUGGGCAGAGGUGGUAAUUUUGGAGGCGGCGGCAACUUUGGCAGAGGUGGCUAUGGUGGAGGACGAGGUGGAUAUGGGGAUGAUUUUGACAAUGGUCCAGGAGGAAAUUAUGGUGGCGGACCAGGUUAUGGAGGUGGCCGAGGGGGCUACGGAGGUGGAGGUCCUGGGUAUGGCAACCAGGGUGGAGGAUUUGGUGGCAACUGUGACGGAGGCUAUGGAGGUAAUGGUGGAGGAUAUGGAGGUGGUGGAAAUUACAAUGACUUUGGAAACUAUGGUGGACAGCAGUCAAACUAUGGGCCCAUGAAGGGAAACAGCUUUGGAGGCAGAAACUCAGGUGGACCCUAUGGCGGUGGAUACGGCUCCGGUGGUGGCAGCGGCGGCUACGGCUCUCGGCGAUAUUAAUUAUUUAAUGUUUUGAUGUGGAAAGAGGAAUUCUCUUCUUGCUGAAAAUCUGUAAAGACCUGAUAACAUGGAAGGUUCUGGAUGGGUAAGACUUUUUUUUUUUUUUAAAUAUUGUCCAAGCCUGCUCAUAUUUCAAUCUAAUGCUGAUUAAACAAGGUGCAAAACACAGGGUGUUGUAAGAUAAACACAGCAGGUUGACCUUCAGUAUUUGUCUACUUUGAACAGAAUCAGCAUGUGCCCUUCACCCCACUGCUCGGUACGCUUUGAAGCCAAAUACUCUUUAUGCUUAUCAUCAGUAUAUUUUAAAGCUCAAAUAAAGGUGGUGGUGAUUCAACACUUAAAACAGAAAGAUUAUCAUGCAUUCCAAGAAAGGAAAUAAAAAAAGUCACUAUAUCUAACAUAUAGGUCUUUUCUUUUUUUUUAAGUUUUAUAAGUAACUACUUUCGGUUGCUCCCCUACUUCAGAGGGUAGGUCUGCAUAUUUGAUUUGGCCAAAUCCUACACCCGAUGCCCUUCUUGACACAACCCUCCGAGGGAAUUGUAUCUCCUUCCAGGAUCAAACUGGGUAAAUGUGUAAACCACUACACAAGGAGCUCCCAUUUUUAGUUUUAUCAUGUAUCAAACAAUCCUAAUCCCAAAAGGUGCAAAGUCAGAAAAUCAACAAUUAUAAUAUUACAGUAUCAAUUCACACAGUAUAAACUGUGACUUAUUAAAUAAGCACUUUAAACUGGAGGCUGAGGUUUUCUAGAAAGCUAACAUAUUUAAAAAGAAAUGUAACCAAUUUUUUAAAAGAAUUGUUUUUUAAAAAAAACUAUCAGCAGGGGUCACAGGCACAUAUAGUAUUAAAUGUGAGUAUAUUGGUGUAAUAGAUGAAAGCAUAGCAUUUUUCCGUACAGGCCAUUUACAAAGUGCUUCCAUUUGUUUCAGUUCUCAGAGUAGCCAAGUAAGCCAGCAAACUGAGGGACUUUUUGUAAAGUUUCCGUAAUCAUGACAAGUCCUCCUACGGCACAUAUACGUUGUAGUUUUUAGAACUGAUGAAUGAUUUGUCAUCAAAUGCAUAAAAAUAAACUUGACAUUUAAUUAUUUUUUAACUUAUUUCUGAUUUAUUUGUAUUCAUGUUUGUGAUACUUUGGUGGUGUUGUGACUAGGUGGACAAAGUUUAGGUGUCAAAUGUUUUGAUUCCACAUAUUUCAUGUCUAGACUGCUCAGUAUAAAGAACAAAAACGGUGCCCACUGUUAUCCUGUCUCUCCCAGGAUAUUAUCUUUGCAAAGGCAUGUAAAAUAACUAGCCUCAUGUCAGGAGAGACAAAGAGCGAGUCAACGAAGGAAAGAAAAGAAAAAAAACUUGUUUAUUAAGGGCACACCAGUGAACCAUUUUGUCUACUAAGCAGAAUAUGUAAAGUGUGACUUAUGUGUUUGAAUAA